AUGACGGAAAAUCAUUCAGCCUCGAUGAGAAAUUUCAAGACCGAGGCUCGUGGGAAUUUCCUAGGGGCCGCCGAAAGGUGGAUGUCCUUUCCACAGGAUAGAUCCAUCUCCUUCCCAGCCGAGACGUUCGCUCCGAAAGUCCAGAUGGAUCGUUACGUGCCACCGAAACAAAUCCCCAGAAACGUCGAAAUGGAGCGAAGGAGGAGGAUUUAUCGAAAUCUGCGAGUGGACGAUGCUCUAAAGGACGAAGGAGUCAAAUCUAGGGACCUUUUGCCAGUCGAAGUCGUGGGGACAAUCGCGAGCCAUGAAGAAAAAUUCGGACUUAACUCUUUCGUGAGUUUUCUGCCUCUGGAGAUCUUUGACGAUGAAGAGCACGACUGCAGAACCGUGAAAGAUUGGACAGAUCUUGGUACCAUCGAUGGAGUUCGUCAUCCCCUUCCAGCCACCGUUUUCGUUGAGAAACCUCUGAUAGAAGAGGAAGACAAGGAAGAGGAUAAAGAGGCGCAUCCUUUGGAUAAACAUUUCGAGUGGUGUUAUGCAGCGGUCACGGAUUUCGAUGCUGGGACGAAAUUAUGGUCCGUACUUACCUUGGAUGGGUUUAAGAGGGUCUUCAGGGUGCCCAGGAUAUACAUCAGGUUCUUCGCCGAGGAUCCAAGGACUCAUGCGAAAAGGAUCAAAGCUGCCCUGGAUCAGAGGAGAAAAGCGGAAGCUUGCAUUAGGUUCGUCCUGAGGAUGAGUCCGGUCCUUAAGGAGAAGUACAUUGAAAAAUUCUCACAUAAUCUAUAUCUCGAUUGCAUGAGAGUCGAAGGGAUGCCGCUCUUCAGCGAGUCAGAGAAGCAGAAGAUCCUCUCUUCAGCAUUGAGACAAGGGAGGCUGCAGUUCGCCCCCGAGAAAAUAUCCACCGUGGUGGAGGAGAUUUCUUUGGACUAUCGGCGCACAAUGUGUGACCUUAGGUGGAGACAGCUGAUAAGGGACAAACCCGAAGUCUUCAGCUUCAUCUCCUGGUUGCCGGAUGACGAAGAACCGCGCAUCCUUAAAGAAGAAACAAUUUCUCAUAUCUUAUUUUCCCUCGUUCUGGAAUUUAUUAUCCAGGGUGUCAAGGAUCACUUCCACUGGGUGACUCUCUACGUGAGGACGGAAGUCCACGAGGCGAUGUCCUGUAUAGUCUCGGAGUGUCUCAAGGUGUCCGGGAUGAACCUCUUCGUGCAGAGCUCCACGAAAUCGUUGGUGCUCUUCGAGUUCGAGGCCCAGCAGAAUCAGACCAGUGGCACUCUGAUAAAGUACUUGAAGGAGCCUUGGCUGGAAAAGAUCACCCAAUCGGUCAGGAUGUGCCUCAGGGACGUAGGGAAGGGCUGGUUCAACCUGGAGCAAAAGGACCACGGGGUCUACGACGUGAUGAAGCUGAAGAGGUUCAUGGAUCUUGGCGUGUUGCGCAUGCAGACCGCCUUGAGGAACCUCGUGGAUAACUCGAUGGCUCUUUAUGUAAAUAUGCUCGAGACCCCGGCAUUGUGCACCUUGCAUGUCGGUCCUGAUUUCAAAUGGGGCAAGGACCUCCGAAAUACCCAAUUCAAGCCGGCUUCCAACCCAGUUUUCAGCCUGGAGAUUUUCAUGAACGACCAGGGAGCUUUUUAUUCCACCGAGCCUUCCGAGUUCGAGAAAGUCAUCGUCAACCUCUUCGACAAUACCCUGAAGUCCUGCCACCGUGUCAGACAGGUGCAUCCUUUCCUCUUGACUGGCUUGAAAUUUCCGAACGAUCUUUACUUGAGCUCGGUAGGACUCUUGGAGAACGCGGUUUGCGAUGCCAGGAAUCGAUUAUCGAUAGCCUAUCGACAGUCGAUCAUUCCAUUGAAGGCAUAUGCCGAAGAGUACAAGAAGUUCUUGGAUUUGUACGUAAUCGACGUGGCGAAGUACGUCGAGAAUUUCAAAAACGAAAAUCAUCCAGCCUCUGAAGUGAAGGACGAGAUCUCUUAUCACUUCAGGAUGCGCUUCAAUAUGGAAUCGACCUUGCCGACUAACAUUCUGAUCGGUCCUUUCAACGUGAACGUGCUUCCUUUGAAGACCUUCCUCCUGGACAAACGCAAGGACAUAGCUCGUCGUCUGCUGGUCAUGUUCACCGAAGGACUCCGGGUCCAGGUGGACGACAUCCUGGACGUGUAUUCCGGGAUGAGGAGGAAGUUGAAGGAGGACCCACAAAAUAUCGAGGCGAUUUUCGAGAUGAGAGAAUGGAUGGAGACGAUUCCUCUAGCUGUGCAGGGCCAGGACGAGCUGAUGCAGAAAUUGAAGCUGGACUUCGACAUCCUGGACCUGUUCUGGUGGAACCUCUCCGACGAGGACUUCGAGGCCAAGUGGGAGGCCAUCGGGUUCCCCCUUCAGAUGCAGAUUCACAUCAGCGAAGCAGUGGAACGAUUAGAACGGGAUCAGGAGAAAUUUUACAAAAUGCAGCUGCAAGACGAAUCGAACCUCACCGAACGUAUCGACAUGCUCGUCGGCCAGGUGAACAAUGUAUCAUUGUUGUCGGAUUUCAACAAGGUGCACGAAAGCGCGAUCGAGGUGAAAAGGAUCUGGAAGGCGAUGAAGGAGUGCCAGGAGCAGAGUCUGCUUUUGAACGAGAGGCAGAAGCUCUUCGGGGUCCCGAUGGUUCCUUUCGAGCACCUCACGAAACUCAUGAAGGAGUUCGAGCCUUACAUGAGCCUCUGGACCACGGCUUCAGACUGGCUUAAAUGUUACGAAAUCUGGACCGAGAACCCUUUGGUCAAGGUGGAUGGCAGUCAAAUCGACUUUAUGGUGAACGACAUGUUCAAGACCAUGACGAGGUGUGCCAAGGUCUUCCAGGAGAAGCCUAAGGUGGCCGCCAUCGCCCUCGACAUCAAGGACCUCAUAGAGGAGUUCAAGCCCUACGUCGGGAUGAUCCAGUCCCUGAGGAACGCAGGGAUGAAGCCCCGACAUUUCGACGAAAUUGGAGAAAGAACAGGCUUGCAGACAACCCUGACACCGACUUUGACAUUCAAGAGUUUAAUCGACGCCGGAAUAAUGAAUUUCGAAAACGUCGUGAAGGACGUUGCCGAAAGUGCGGCAAAGGAGUACGCCAUAGAGGCGUCUUUGGAGAAGAUGAUAGCAGAGUGGAGUUCGAUCAAGAUGGACGUGAUACCCCAUAAGGAUACAGGAACCUACAUCAUGAAGAUUGCUGACGAGACGACAAUGUUGCUGGAGGACCACAUCGUGAACACUCAGCAGAUCAGUUUCAGCCCCUUCAGGGUCGCCUUCGAAGAUCGGAUCUCAGACUGGGAGAAGAAGCUGUCCCUGACGCAAGAGGUCCUGUCCAGCUGGAUAGAAGUGCAGAAAGCUUGGAUGUACCUGGAGCCGAUAUUCUCCUCGGAGGACAUCAGUCGACAGCUGCCCAUGGAGGCGAAAAAAUUCAACACCAUGGAGAGGAACUGGAGGAGGAUCAUGAAGAACGCCCACGACAACCCCUACGUUAUCCUGAUAUGUCCGGACAACACCUUGCUGGAGAGCCUGAAGGAGUGCGUGACCCUGUUGGACGUGGUUCAGAAAGGCUUGUCCGAUUAUCUGGAGACGAAGAGGAUGAUGUUCCCCAGGUUCUUCUUCCUCAGCGACGACGAGCUCCUGGAGAUCCUUGCCCAGGCGAAGAAUGUGCGCGCUGUUCAGCCUCAUCUUAAAAAAUGCUUCGAGAACAUGAAGGAGCUCAGGUUCGAGGACGACCUUGCGAUCACCAGGAUGUACUCUGCCGAGAACGAAGAGGUCCAUUUGGACGCUCCUGUAUAUCCUGCGGGGAAUGUCGAAGACUGGCUCGGCCACGUGGAGGUCGCCAUGAGGAGCACCCUGAAGGAGAUCGUCGGUCGAUCCCUGGAACUUGUCGAGGACACUCCCAGGAAGGAAUGGGUCUACAUGUGGCCAGGACAAGUCACUCUUUGUGCUGGACAAACUUAUUGGACUGCACAUGUUGAAGAAGCCAUCGCGUCCAACACUCUUCCGACUUUCUUCGGCAUCAUGCUGCAACACUUGGACGACCUGAGGGACCUCGUGCGAGGUCAACAGACAGAGAUCCAGAGACUCAUGUUGGAGGCUGUAAUCACUAUUGAAGUGCAUGCUAGGGAUGUCCUCAGCAAUUUGAUUCGAGAAAAAGUUGUCAACGUGAACGACUUCGACUGGAUUUCUCAGUUGCGAUACUACUGGGUGGAGGAAGAUCUGAAAGUCCGAGCCGUGAACGCGGAAUUUCCUUAUGGCUACGAAUAUCUGGGGAAUAACGGAAGGCUCGUGAUAACGCCGCUGACUGAUAGGUGUUAUCUCACCCUGACGGGAGCUUUGCACCUGAAAUUCGGAGGUGCUCCUGCAGGUCCUGCGGGAACAGGAAAAACCGAAACCACGAAGGACCUUGCCAAGGCGUUUGCUAUUCAAUGUGUGGUUUUCAAUUGUUCCGAUCAGCUCGAUUUCAUGUCCAUGGGAAAGUUCUUCAAGGGCCUCGCCAGUGCAGGUGCUUGGGCUUGCUUCGAUGAAUUUAACAGGAUAGACAUCGAGGUCCUAUCAGUAAUCGCUCAGCAGAUCAUGACAAUCCAGAAGGCGCAACAGAUCCGAGCUGAAAGGUUCCUCUUCGAGGGCGUGGAGUUGGCCUUGAAGGCUUCCUGUGCUGUCUUCAUCACCAUGAAUCCAGGAUACGCAGGACGAACCGAACUUCCGGACAACCUGAAGGCGCUUUUCAGACCAGUCGCGAUGAUGGUUCCAAAUUAUGCACUAAUCGCCGAAAUUUCCCUAUUUUCUUACGGUUUUUCCGACGCCAAGACUCUCGCUGGGAAAAUCACCACCACCUUCAAGCUGAGCUCCGAGCAGCUCAGCUCUCAGGAUCAUUAUGACUUCGGGAUGAGAGCCGUGAAGACGGUAAUUGCGGUCGCGGGAAACCUGAAGAGAGAGCAGAGACACCUCGAAGAGCAGCAAAUUUGUCUGAGGGCCCUGAGGGAUGUAAACGUCCCGAAAUUCCUGAAGGACGACCUGAAGCUCUUCAACGGAAUCGUGUCAGACCUCUUUCCAAGGAUGGUGGAGAAGGCUGUGGACCAUGGCAUCCUUGAGGCCGGGAUCCGCAGGACGAUAAAAAAAAUGGGACUCCUGGAUGUGGACGAGUUCGUGAAGAAGGUGAUCCAGCUGUAUGAGACGACGGUUGUGAGACACGGCUUGAUGUUGGUGGGUCCAACAGGAUCAGGAAAGACCAAGUGCUACGAGGUCCUGAAGGACUCUUGCACCUUCCUGAAGGGAAAACCGCAGCCCAGUGGUAAACCCUUCACCCCCGUACACACUUUCGUCCUGAAUCCCAAAUCCAUCACCAUGGGACAACUCUAUGGGGAGUUUGACCUCGAUACUCACGAGUGGACCGACGGCAUCUUCUCCAGCCUAAUCCGUUCCGGAACGUCCGCGGCGGAUCUGGACAAAAGAUGGUACAUUUUCGACGGCCCCGUGGACGCGGUCUGGAUAGAGAACAUGAACACCGUAUUGGACGACAACAAGAAACUCUGUUUGACUUCCGGUGAGAUCAUGAAAUUGUUGCCGACCCAGACGAUGAUGUUCGAGGUGGCCGACCUGAGAGUGGCCUCUCCCGCCACGGUUUCCAGAUGCGGCAUGGUGUACAUGGAGCCCGAGGGCCUGGGUCUGGAUCCCCUGAUCGAUCGAUGGAUCGGAUCCCUGCCUGCUGUGAAGAACAUGAAGACCCAUGCCGGGGAGAUCUCUAGAUUGACCAGGCUGUUCCUGGUCCCGGGUCUGGACAUGCUGAGAAGUCGACUCAGGGAGAUCGUUGCUACAGUGGAUGCUGGGAUGCUGAAGUCCUAUACGAAUCUUAUGGACUUCAGGAUAGGCCCCAUGGCGGGGAGGGAGGGGAAGGCUCCUCCACCUGUCCAGGCUCAAAGACUGAUUCGUAACUUGUUGGGCCCCUGGGUGGUCUUUGCUCUCGUGUGGAGUGUCGGGGCCAGCUGUGAUUAUGCAAGUCGGUGCAUCUUCAGCGAAUGGGUCAGAGAUAAGCAGAAUGAAGUCGACGAUGCCCUCCCCUUCCCACCUGACGGACUUGUCUUCGAUUACAGACUGCAUGACGGCGGAUUUACCGAUCACACCGAAGAUGGGGAACCAGCACCCCCAAGAUGGAUCAACUGGCUUGAUAACGUCCCCUCUGUUAUCAUCAAGCCCGACACGAAAUUUGCGGACAUGGAGAUUCCGACUUUGGACAACGUGAGGAGCGCCGUUCUUAUCGGCUACCUUCUUCAAAACGAGAGCAACGUCCUUUGUAUCGGACCGACCGGAAGUGGCAAGACUCUGACGGUCUCCACAAAAUUAUCUCGACACAUGCCGAAGAAGUACAUUUGCGAGUUUGUCACCUUCUCCGCCCGCACUUCCGCUAAUCAGACCCAGGACCUAAUCGACUCGAAAUUAGACAAGAGACGAAAAGGGGUAUAUGGACCACCGGUCACGAAGAGGUUGAUAUUCUUCAUCGACGACUUCAACAUGCCAGCCCUUGAAGUGUAUGGGGCCCAGCCUCCCAUAGAAUUAAUUCGCCAGUACAUGGAUUUCCGGGGAUGGUACGACAGGAAGGAGAUCGGAGAGUUCAGACUCAUCGAGGAUAUUAAUUUCGUGGGGGCCAUGGGCCCCCCUGGGGGGGGUCGAAACCCCGUGACAGCUCGAUUGUUACGACAUUUCCAUUUCAUCGCCUUCCCCGAGAUGGAGGACGACGCAAAGAUGCAGAUUUUUGGGACGAUCCUGGAGUCCUGGCUAGGAAGGGCUUCCGCUCUUCAGGGUCUCCUGGAGAACUUGGUGUCAGGGACUUUGGAGGUCUUCUCCACGAUCUGUCGAGAGCUUUUGCCCACCCCGGAUAAAUCUCAUUACACUUUUAAUCUGAGAGACCUGGCGAAGGUCUUCCAGGGGAUGCUGAUGGUGGAGCCUGAGAGGCUUUCGAGCCUGGAGGAGGUCUUCGUCCUCUGGUACCACGAGAACCUGAGAGUCUUCAGCGACCGUCUCGUCAACGACGUGGACCGGAAGUGGUUCGACGGCUUGCUUCGAGGGAUCCUGAAGAGGAGUUUCGACUGCGACACGGAUGAGGUCCUGGGUCAGGAGUCGAUAUUUUUCGGGGACUUCUGCAGCUUAAACGACAUCUACGCCCGAAUAACGGACGUGGAGAAGAUGGAGAAGGUCCUGCUGGACCUCCUUGAGGAGUACAACGGAGCCACGACCUCCCCCAUGAGAUUGGUCCUGUUCGAGGACGCCAUGGGACAUGUUUGCAGGAUCACCAGGAUCCUGCGCCAGCCCCGGGCGAACGCUCUGCUCCUGGGGAUGGGAGGAUCGGGACGACAGAGUCUCACGAAGCUGUCCUCCCACGUCAGGGAGUACUCCUGCUUCCAGGUCGAGCUCAGCAAGGCUUACUCCAUGAACGACUGGAGAGAGGACCUGAAGAAGGUGAUGAUGAAGGCCGGGGUGCAGAACCGUCAGAUGGUCUUCCUCUUCUCCGACACCCAGAUCAAGAGCGAGUCCUUUCUCGAGGACCUGAACAAUAUCCUGAACAGUGGGGACGUGCCGAAUAUUUAUCAACCUGAAGAGUACGACACCAUCUUCCAGGUGAUGAAGGGAGUGGUCCAGGCUGCUGGGCUGCAGACUACCAGGAGCAAUCUUUAUUCCGCGUACUUGAAGACCGUCAGGGAUAAUCUACAUACGGUCAUCUCGAUGAGCCCUAUCGGGGAGACCUUUCGGGCGCGUAUCAGGCAAUUUCCGGCCCUCGUCAACUGCUGCACCAUCGACUGGUUCUCCCCAUGGCCUGAUGCCGCUCUUCAGAGCGUAGCCAUACAGUUCCUGAGGGAUACCGAGGACAGUUCCAUCACCGACGAGGUUUUAGGGUCUAUUGUGAAGACCUGUCAGUAUAUGCACUCCAGUGUCAUCAAGGCCAGCGAGACGUUUCUGCAGGAGCUGAAUCGUCACAACUACGUCACUCCAACGUCAUACUUGGAAUUAUUGUCCAGUUAUGGCGACCUCUUGGCCAAAAAGAAAGAAGAGUUGACAAUGGCGGUAAAUCGACUGACCACAGGAUUAGACAAACUGGCAUCAACGGAAGUCGAGGUGAAGGAGAUGCAGACGACCCUGACGAACAUGAAGCCGGAGCUGGAGAGGGCCGCUGCAGCCACGGCGGAGACGAUAAAGCUUAUCACUAAAGACACGGUGGCGGCGGAGAAAACUCGAGCAGAAGCUGAAGAGCAGGAGAGAGCUGCGACGAGGCUGAAGAUGGAGAACCAGGAUAUCAGGGACGAAGCUGAAGCGGACCUUAGUGUGGCCAGGCCGAUGUUGGAGGCUGCUGAGGCGAGCCUGAAGGCACUCAACAAAAAUGACGUCACGGAAGUGAAGGCCAUGAAGAGACCUCCGGUCGGGGUGGUGUUGGUCAUCGAGGCGAUGUGCAUAGUCAAGGACGUGAAACCGAAUAAGGUUCCAGGGAAGAAGCCUGGCGAGAAGAUCCUGGAUUAUUGGACCCCUGGAAGUCAGAUGUUGGCGGACCCAGGGCACUUCCUUUAUUCCCUGGAGAACUUCAACAAGGAAGAGAUCACCGAAGAGAUGAUCUCGAAGCUGAAGACAUACAUCGAGAACCCGGCUUUUCAACCCCAUAAAGUCGCCCAGGUGUCAAAGGCCUGCCAUUCGCUCUGUUUAUGGGUCCAUGCCAUGUACAACUACUACUUCGUCAACCUGAAGGUGAAGCCGAAGAUGGAGGCCCUGCAGAAGGCUGAUAAGAUCCUGAAGGAAACGGAAGAAACUCUGGCUGUCGCUAUGGAAAGUCUUCGCAAGGUCCAGGAAGGCAUCGACCAGCUUCGGGAUGUUCUUCGGAAGGAGGAGGAAAAAAAGGCGGAACUUGAAAAACAGAGACAGCUUUGCGAGGACAGAUUGUCAAGGGCUGUGCGUCUAAUCGCGGGGUUGGCCGAUGAGAGGGGAAGAUGGAUCUCCACGGUGGAGAACCUUGAAGAGUCCCUACGAAACGUCGUCGGGGACAUUCUUCUAUGCUCCGGGGCUGUCGCGUAUCUCACGCCGUUCACCGAUACGUACAGAAACGCGCUGCUCUCUUCAUGGUAUUCGGUCCUUGGAGAAGGUGUUCCCCACACAUUGGGAUGUGGUCCCGUGACCACUCUCGGUGAUCCCGUGUCCAUCAGGAAGUGGCAGAUCGACGGACUCCCUCGGGACUCCUUUUCCGUGGAGAACGCAGUGUUAGUGAUGCACUCGAAGAGGUGGCCCCUCCUAAUCGACCCUCAAGGACAGGCCAACAAGUGGAUCCGCAACAUGGGCAAACAAACAGGUGGCUUCUCAGUGGCGAAGAUGACCGACAAGGACCUUCUCCGAGUCGUGGAAAAUUGCGUCAGGUUCGGCAGGACCUGCCUCAUCGAGAACGUGGGGACGGACCUUGAAGCAGCCUUAGACCCCGUCCUGACGAGAGCUCUCUUCCGACAAGCUGGACAACUCAACAUCAAGAUCGGCGACAACGUGGUGCCCUACAACUUCGACUUCAGACUUUACCUCACCACGAAGUUGCCAAAUCCUCACUAUACUCCUGAAGUGGCGAUCAAGGUCCUUCUGGUGAACUUCACCCUGACUGCCAGCGGGUUUCUCGACCAAAUGCUGUCUUUGGUGGCGAUGGAGGAGAGGCCCGACCUCGAGGAGUCCAGGAGCAUCCUGAUCGUCUCCAGCGCGCAGAUGAAGAGGGACCUGAAGGACAUCGAAGACAGGAUCCUCUUCAGACUUUCCGCCUCCGAAGGGUCGGCGGUGGACGACAUCGACCUCAUUGUCACUCUAGAGGCGUCAAAAGUCAAGAGCGAGGAGAUCAAGGCCAAAGUAAGAGCUGCCGAAGUGACCCAGGCUGACAUCGACGUCACGAGGUCCUUGUAUAUUCCUGUGGCUCAAAGGGCUCAGAUCCUUUUUUUCUGUCUUUGUGACCUUCGCUUCAUGGACACGAUGUAUCAGUACUCCUUGGAGUGGUUCAUCAACAUCUUCGUCGGCAGCAUCGUCAACACUGAGAAGAAGAAGGAUAUCAUGAAGAGGGUGGAGAGCGUCAACGAGAACUUCACCUUCGCCCUCUUCACCAAUGUCUGUCGUAGUCUCUUUGAGAGGCACAAAUUGCUCUUCGCGUUUUUACUCUGCGCAAGGAUCAGGAUCGAGGACCGAAAAAUCGACCCCACCGAGUGGAGAUUCCUGCUCUCAGGAGCAGAGCCUCUUCAGCCGCGACCGAAUCCUGCCCCAGAGUGGAUUUCGGCUCGCUGCUGGAAGGACAUCCAGUCCUUGGAGAGCCUCCCAAAAUUCGAGAACUUCCUUCCGCACUUCUUGAAGAGCUUGCCUCGGUUCAAGGAGAUAUUCGACUCCCCGGACCCUGAAAAGAGUUCAUACCCAGAACCUUGGAACUCCAGCCUGGACGACUUCCAGAAACUCCUCAUCCUGAAGUGCCUCAGGCCUGACAAAGUGACCAACGGGAUGCAGAUAUACGUCACCAGAUUCCUAGGGGAAAAAUUCGUGGAGCCGCAGACCACGGAAUUGUCAUCCAUCUUUAAGGAGUCCUCCCCAACUAUGCCGAUGGUUUUCGUCCUUUCCACCGGCACCGAUCCUGCGGGAGAGCUGUACAAAUUCGCGGAGAAGCUGAAGAUGGGCAAGAAAUUAUUCACCAUCUCCCUUGGGCAAGGUCAGGGUCCAAGAGCCGAACUGAUGCUGAACAGAUCCAUCGAGGUCGGAAACUGGGUCUUCUUCCAGAAUUGCCAUCUGGCCCCGAGCUGGAUGCCGAAAUUGGAGGAGCUGGCGGAAACCUUAUCCGUAGAUUCCACGCAUCGGGAUUUUCGCCUCUGGUUGACGUCCACUCCUUCGGCUGCAUUUCCUGUCAGCAUCCUUCAAAAUGGGUGCAAGAUGACCGUCGAGCCGCCCAGAGGAGUGAAGGCAAAUAUGCUGAGAGCCUACACGAGUCAAGUCGCGGAAUUGAAAGACUUCCUGCAAUCGGAGCACCCGAAGGUGAGCACCUUCAAGUACCUUCUCUUCGCCCUUUGCAUGUUCCACGGUAUCCUCUUGGAGAGGAGGAAAUUCGGUCCCCUGGGAUUCAACAUCCCCUACGAGUUCACGGAUGGCGAUUUGACAAUUUGCAUAUCCCAAUUGCACAUGUUCCUGCUGGAGUACACUGAGAUUCCCUUCAAGGUGUUAAUAUACACGGCGGGUCAUAUUAAUUACGGGGGGCGAAUUACCGACGACUGGGACCGUCGACUCGUCCUUACGAUCCUUGAAGACUUCUACGCGCCCAAAGUCGUGUCCUCAGGAUAUCAAUUCGAUGCUCACGGUCACUAUCAACAGUUGUCGGCGGAUGCUUCGUUGGAGGAAUACUUGUCUUAUAUCAAGACUUUUCCUUUGAACGACGACCCUGGGAUGUUCGGCCUCCACGCCAACGCCGACAUCAGCUGUGCCCAGGCGGAGACCUACUCUUGCCUGAACAACCUGCUGAACCUGCAGCCCAAAGAAGCCGGAGACGUGGCGGCAAGUUUCGAGGAAGUCACUCGACAACUUGCCGGCGACAUCCUGGGGGUCGUCCCCGACCUCUUCGACCUGGCCAAGAUCCGCGAGAAGUACCCGGUGCUCUACGAGGAGUCCUUGAACACGGUGCUCCUGCAGGAAGCGAAGAGGUACAACGGACUCCUGGCCGAGGUGAAAACCUCCCUGAACGACUUGCUGAAGGCCCUGAAGGGGCUCGUCGUGAUGUCGGAGAAGCUGGAGACCAUGGCCUCCAGUCUGUUCAUUGGGAAGGUCCCGAAACUCUGGCAGGAUCGCGGAUUCGCGUCCUUGAAACCCCUAGGAGCUUGGGUGGUGGACCUGAAGGACCGCACCGAUUUUAUAGAGUCCUGGAGAGUCGGAGGCAUUCCUCCUGCUUUCUGGAUUUCUGGAUUCUAUUUUCCUCAGGCAUUUCUGACGGGGACUUUGCAGAACUUCGCCAGGAAGCACGUGGUCUCCAUCGAUUCUAUCGACUUCGGCUUCCAGGUCCUGGAAGAGAAUCCUACCCAGAGACCGGUCGACGGCUGUGUCGUCUAUGGUGUCUUCCUUGAAGGAUGCAGAUGGGGUGGCAGUCACCUGGCCGAGUCCUUGCCGAAGGAGCUCUACACUGAUAUGCCGCCGAUUCUCCUCCUGCCGGAAGUCCAGCAUCGGCCUCCUUCCAAAGGGAUUUAUGAAUGUCCUGUCUACAAGACCACUCAAAGGGCUGGGACUCUCAGCACGACGGGACACUCCACCAACUUCGUCCUCGCCAUGGAAAUUCCUAGCCAGAGGUCGCAGGCCCAUUGGGUCAAACGAGGAGUGGCUCUAAUAUGCGCGCUCGAUUAUUGA